AUGGGGAAGAUAUGUAAAACUGAGGCCUUCCCAAACUUCUCUGCAGACUUUCGUGAAUAUGAGGGCCUUGCUCCAAGAAGAUUAAGUCUAAGGUCAGCUAAGGGUACAGCCCAAGGCUGUGCAAAAAAGAAAUGGUCAUCUUUCUCACACUCCUGCUUGCUAAACCUGACCAGUGUCAUCAUGCCUCAGGGACAGAAGAAUACGUUUUGUGCUCAUGAGAAAUGCCACAAAGCCCAAGAGAAGUCCAGAGAUCUAAGUUCACCUGCAACUGAAACACCCAGCAAUCCUCAAGUGCCUGGGGGAGUCAGCUCCAUCACCACAAAUGCUGAGGUCAUUUCAAACACAAUAUUUAAUGAAGGUGCCAACAAUCAAGUGGAGAAAAUGCCAAAUGCCUUACAUGCCAAGGAUAUCACUGAGUCCCACCACAGAAACCCUCUGGAUGAAGGGGUGGUUGUGUUUGUGUACUACCUACUGUAUAAAUGUCAAAGAAAAGAGCCCAUUACCAAGGUGGAUAUGCUGAAAAAUGCAGUUCAAGUGUACAAGCAUCACUUCCAUAAGAUCCUCAGGAGAGCUUCUGAGCACUUGGAGCUGGUCAUCCAGCUUGACAUCAAGGAAGUGUAUUCUAACAAGAAUACCUAUAUCUUCAUCAACAAACUGGAGCUAAGCUAUGAUUCAAGAGAAUACAGAGGUGUGCCCAAGACCGCUUUGCUGAUGACUAUCCUGGGCAUGAUCUUUAUGAAGAGCAACUGUGCCCCUGAAGAGGAAGUCUAGAAAGUGAUUAAGGGGCUGCAUGUUGGGAAGAAGAACUUUGGUGAACCUAAGAAGAUCAUCACAGAUGAUUUGGUGAAAGAAAACUACCUGGAGUGCUGCCAGGUGUCUGGCAGUGAUUCUCCACACUAUGAGUUCCUGUGAGGCCCAAGAACCCAUGCUGAAACCAGCAAGAUGAAAGUGCUAGAGUUCAUGGCCAAGAUGAAUGAUACCGUCCCCAGUGAGUUCUCACACUAUUAUGGGAGAGAUGAGGAAGAGAGAGCCCUAGCCAGAGUAGUAGCCAGGGCUCACAUUUCUUCCUUGGCCAGGGCACACUCCAAGAUUAUGACCAGCAGCUUAUGCCCCAAGGAAACACUGAGGAAGAUUAUUUACUAUGUAUCACUGAGUCAUCUGCCCACUAACCUGCGUCUCUUGUUGAAAGUCAUCAUGCCUCGGGGUUGGAAGUGUAAAGUUUGCGCCCUUGAAAAACGCCACCAGGCCAGACAAGAGCCCCAGAAUCUAGUAGGUGCUCAAGCCACAACAAGAUCAAAUGAAGGUGCCAGCUACCAGGUGGAACAAAGGUCAAGAUCCUCCCAGGCCUUGCCCACCAUGGAGUCCCUCCACAGACGCCGUCUAAAUGAGAAGGUAAUUCUCUUAGUGUAUUAUCUGCUGUACAAGUAUCAAAUCAAAGAGCCCAUCACGAAGGGAGAGAUGGUGAGAAAUGUAAUCCAAACAUACAGAAAUCAUUUCUUUGAGAUCCUCAAGAGAGCCUCUGAUUAUAUGGAGAUGGUCUUUGGCCUAGACAUGAAAGAAUUGGAUCCCUACCGGCAUGUAUAUAUACUCGUCAACAAACUGGAACCAUGCUGUGACACAGUGCUGAAUGAUGACAGAGGUGUGCCCAAGACUGGUCUGCUGAUGACUAUCCUGAGUGUGAUCUACAUAAAUCGCAAUUGUGCCACUGAUGAGCAAGUCUGGGAAACAUUGAAUGUGAUGGGGCUGUAUCAGGGGAGGAGGCACUUCCUUUUUGGGGAGCCCAAGAAGCUCAUCACAGAUUUGGUGAAAGAAAAUUACCUGCUGUACCGCCAAGUGCCCCACAGUGAUCCUUCACACCAUGAGUUCCUGUGGGGUCCAAGAGCCCACAUUGAAACUACCAAGAUGAAAGUGCUGGAGUUUUUGGCCAAGGUCCAUGGUACUGACCCCACUACCUUCCCAUUCCUUUAUGAAGAGGCUUUGAAAGAUGAGGAAGAGAGAGCCCAAGCCCGAGCUGCAGCCAGGGCUCAUCGUGCUGCCAUGGCCAGGGAACGCUCCAGAGCCAAGGAAAGCAGCUCCUCUCACCCCUAA